GACUCUUGUUUCUAACCAAAUUCAAAACAUAGAUUUCAAAACUUAUUGUACAAUGAACUCCAUACAUAGCCUUUGAAAUCAGCUGACUUCCCAAGUUCAAAAUGGCGACCAAUCCGUUCAUGGAAUCGGACACGGAAGACCAGGAUUUACCGGGUCCCUUUGACGACACAUCGGACAGUAUAGACGACAAAAAUUCAGAGACGAUAGACGAGAGUCCGAAGGAAAUAACGCUCGACCUCGUGGCUCAUAAACUGCUAAAGGAGAAGUUUAUUUUGACGGCGCUGGAGCUUCACACCGAGCUGCUGGAAAGUGGUUGUGAACUGCCGCGACUGAGAGAUUUCUUCUCGAACCCGGGAAACUUCGAGACACAGACGGUCCACACACAGCCGUCCUCCACGCUACACCGCACGUCCAGUGAACAGACAUUUGACUCUUUGGACUUUGCACGGUAUUCCGAUGACGGGGCCAACCAGACAGAUGAGAGAGUGGCAGUGUUGGAGUUUGAGCUACGUAAGGCCAAGGACACGAUCAAGGGACUCCGGGCCAACCUGACAGAGGCAGCAGAAACAGACAUCCCAUCUCCCAUGGCUACUGAUGGACAGAAGACAGAGACUCAGCUGGCGACUUCUAAAGAGGAGCCGGUGAAGCCACAUGAGAAGCGAGCGCUGAACUUCCUGGUGAAUGAGUAUCUCCUGAAGCAGGACUUCAAGCUCACCUCCAUAACCUUCUCUGAUGAGUGUGAGGACCAGGACUUUGAAGACUGGGACGAUGUUGGGCUCAACAUGCCGCAGCCGCCGGACCUGCUGCACCUGUACCGGGACUACGGGAGCCACGUGGCGCCGGCGCUAGACGUACGCGACGUCGGGUGCGGGGAGGACGUUGUGGAGGUGGAAGAGCCGGAGGAUGACCAGGAACAGCAGAAAAUCCAAGAACUAGAGGAGGAGAAGGAAAGACUGGAUGCUGAGAUUGUAGCAUUAGGGGAUCAAAUAGCAACACUUAAGGAGGAAAACGACUCACUUAUAGGACAUGUUGCAACAUUAGAACGAGAUAUAGAAGCUCUGCAGACACCUAAAUUUUCAACUCCAGUUUCAACACCAAAUAAGCAAAUUCCAAGACCAGCAGCAUUCGACAUGGACCCAAAUGUAGAUAUCAGGACUCCUCCCAUUGGUCAGUCUAGCACAAAUGAAGACAAUCAAGGAUCUAGAUUAACCAAUGGCAGAUCAGAGGACAGAACUGAAGCGGAUCAGGCUGGUCCUGAUGAGUUGGAGGAGUCAUUGCAGGUUACGGUGGGGUCGGAGGGUGUGAGGGACAUCACCCUGGAUGUUACACAACAGGAGGGGGAUAGCAUGUUACAGGGAGAACUCAAGAAGUGGGACAUUCCUAAUAGAAAAAUGUCAGAAGCAUUCCGUAGAACAUUGAUAAGUAUGACCCAGACCGUAGUGGACAACAGGUUAGGUAGUGAGGUGUCCAAGAUAGCAGGUUCAGGUGAAGGUGUAGUGAUGAUGCUGGCCAGGUGUCUUCCACACAUUGUACCUAAUGUGUUACUUGCCAAGAGAGAGGAGCUGAUCCCACUGAUCCUGUGCACAGUAGCGCUGCACCCUGAUGCCAAGGAGAGAGACAAACUUCUGCACAUCCUCUUCAACCUCAUCAAGAGACCUGAUGAGGAGCAGAGGCAGAUGAUCCUGACGGGAUGUGUAACGUUUGCUGAACACGUGGGACAGGAGCGUGUGGAGACAGAACUGCUGCCACAGUGUUGGGAACAGAUCAACCAUAAAUAUGAAGAGAGAAGACUACUGGUGGCUGAGGCCUGUGGAACAUUGGCUCCAUUCUUACCUAGUGAGAUUCGCAGCUCCCUGGUGCUGUCCAUGCUACAGCAGAUGCUGUCAGACGACAAGUCAGAUCUGGUGCGAGAGUCGGUGGCAAAGAGUCUGGGGCUCAUCACAGCCUACAUCGAUGAUGUAGACAAGUAUUCACAGGGUUCCGAGCUGCUGCACAUGGCGAUGUGUGAUGCGUCCGAGAGAGUGGUGGGAGCGGCCCAGCAGGUGUUCCUGCCUGCCCUGGCGGCCUGGGCAGACGAACUGGACAGGCUACAUACUGACCUCAUCCACGGCAUGAUGACCAGGCUGGAACAUCUAGUCAAGGCUGCAGUAAGAGUAAAGCCCAUGAACCAGUUGUUAGCUGGUUCUGCUACAUCUGUGAACCAAACCGGUGGAGAGACAACAGUAGGUCUGGAUGAGACCAGGUUUAACCUGUAUGUGUCCACCCUGGAUGCCAUGGUUCCCGCCUUGUUCGCUGCUGUGCUGCAGUCGGCACCCUUCGCACAGGACCAGAACCUGACAUGCAGGGAUGUAGAAGUGUCCAGGUUCCCCAUGGGAUCCUCCCCACUACACGACAUCGCUACGAUCAUCGGUGACCACGCCCAGCUCGCAGCCCUUGUUACGGCGUACGAUGACAUGAUAGAACAGGCCGACUUCCCCGAGUGGGAAACCUUACAGUGGGUGUCUGAGGAAUUUGUGCCCAGACUAGUGCAGCUGACAGGUAGCCUGGAUGUGACUCUGACCUCCUGUAUCCACAACCUGGCCAGACUGUUCCACAAAGUCUGCAGAACAUUUGGGAGAACAUUCACUGAGAGAAAGUUGAAACCACAAUUCCAGACGAUUUUAAAGAUUCCAGAGGAGCAAAUAGAUCGAGAGAUUCUGUCAGGACGAACAGCUCUCACACGUGCCACGGUCCCGUUGUAUGCAGCAGGGGUGCUGGCAGUCUUCCACCAGGAGUCAGACAGAAAGCAGCUGAUCAAGUUCAUGCAGGACAUCCUGACGACCCUGUCCCUCUCCCACGCACCCCUGGACAGCAUUCAGGCAGCAUUCCUGGAACUGGGUCACACAGGCAGUCUUUCCCUCAGGUCGGACGCGGCGUACCACGAGUCCCUGCUGACCGUACUGUGGGACGGUGUCGUCCACACCUCCGCGCUAGUCCGAGCAUCUGCAGCCAGAAUGUUUGAGAUGCUGAUUAAGGGUGUACAGGAGACCCUGGUUUCCAUGAGAGUGGUGCCUGCCCUCAUUACACUGUCUACAGACCCUGAAAUGUCUGUCCGUAUAGCGACGAUCCCUGCCUUCGGAACCAUCAUGGAGAGCAUCACACAGAAGGAGACCCUGGACCGUGUCCACAUGCAGUUCCAGCAGUUCCUGGACGACCCACAGUACCGCGAGCAGCACACGCUUCAUGUGGAGAUCAUCAGGACAUUCGCCCGCAUCGGGCCCAACGCUGAACCAAAGUUCAGGGAUGAAUUUGUGUUACCACGUCUGGCCAUCAUGGCAGGGAACAACAACCUGAUGAUUAAUGAGACCAAGAGAACAGACAUCGCCAUGCAGCUGUUCGAGGCCUUCACUGCCAUGUCCUGUUGUUUUAUCUCUGAUGACCUGAUUAACCAGUGCAUGCUGCCUGGCCUGAGGUGUCUGAGACAGGACAUGGAGCACAUCGCACCUCAGCACCAAGAGGUGGUUGCCUCCAUGAUUAAGGAGUAUGAGAUGAAGGUGGACAGUAAGGUGCCGUACGACAGCGGCGUCCCGGUGGGCGCCAGUCUCGGGAACCUGGCAGCCGCCAUGUCCAGCGAAGACGCCAAGACAAAACUGCUCAGCAAGCUGGGACAACUCAAAGACAAGUCCUCAGUACAGGGUACCAAGAUAGCUAGCAUGUUCCACAGGAAGAAGUGAGAUGAGAUUUUCUUCUUCAGCUUCAUACAACUCUGAUAGUAUAUAGGCUUCAAAUACAUUUAGUUAUCACUGUAGCCACUUAGUACUUAAUAAUAUGUUUCUUAGGCUUAUCAAAUGCACAAUUUUGAAGUUUCCUUCAAAGAGCUAACAUUGUGUAAGUUGCCACAAAGCCUUUUUUUUGCAAACUGAAAUUGACUUCCCCACCCCACCUACACUGGUAAUGCAAAAACAACUAACAUUCCUUGAAUGAUGCUGUAUAAUAUGUGGAUCUAAUAUCAUACAUAAAACUGUCAUGUUUCAGGUUUGCUUUGCUUUGCUUUGAGAUUUUUGUCUUGUACAGGAGGCAGUUGAAAGAUAAUCUAAAAGUUGUCAAAUUUGAAUAACUGUCAUGAAUGUUGUCAGAGACUGUGUUGCUGAGGUACGUACAAAACAGGUUGAGAAACAAAACGUAUUCUAACAUAACACUGUAAUAUAAGCCUGUAGAGUUAGCCAGAAUGAAUGUCCUAACUCCUUCAAAUGUAUCUUAUUCCUAUAUUCCUGUUGUGAUCAUUCUAGGUGCUAGUCAGUGUUUAGAGAGCUCUUUGAGCAAAACAGUUGUGAUGCCAUUCCAACAUUUGUAUCACAAAGAAAGAAAUAUCAGGGAAAAUUCAUGUAAUUUAAGAAGUAGGGCUGACAAUGUAUUAUUGAUAAGACUACACAGCAAGACAUACACUAUGUAAAUAUCAUAGUGUAGAACAUGUCACAUAUUCCAAUCUGGUUGUAUUGCAAGGUUUUGUGUUCUAUUGGUUAAACAUUUCACUAAAAGCCGAUCAAUUUCUAAUUAAUUUUUCAAGGUGACCAGAUGUUAAUUGUAGAUGAAAUAUUUUUUAUUUGUCUGACUGCUUCUAUUGUUGGUCUUGAUUUGUCCAUGAUGUUGGUUGGGCCCCUUUAAGACACUUUGUUUCUAAGUUAUGUACAGAAACUUAUGUACAGAUUUUUGACAUGACCACAGCUGCGACACAAGCAAUAAACCUGACAUUCACAAGACAUGCUAUUAUGUUAUUGGGCCCAUGUUCUGUACAUUAAAUAAUGUGAUAGCUAAAAUAUUGAGGGGGAAAAGCCCUUAGAGAAGUUAGGUAAAGGCUAGCCAAGUAUCAGUUUUGUGGGAAUUUUCACUAGGGAAGAAGUCAGCCAUAUGUAUAUAAAUGUGUUGUAUUGUGAUCUACAUGUAUCCAGCUAAGAAAAGCCACAUAUGUAAUAAUCCACAAACAUAUCCAAAAAUGCUUACUUUGGUAGUUCAUAGCAGUCAAGACUAACAGGUUUAAGUCACUUCUUUUGUUUUUGAAAUUUGGCAGUUUUUGAUAGAUAGUUUAUAUUCAGCAGCAAUACAAACCUUAGUGUUCCAUCUUUGUAGUUUAUCAAGUGCAACUUUUUUAACAGUCACUCUUUAACAUUCUUUGACCAUAUAACCCCUAAAACUAACAUAACAAUUCACUUGUACUAAGUCAAUGAUAUUAUAGUAUGUUUGUACAUAUACAUGUACAUGUAAGCCUCUUAACAUUAUUUUGAAUAUCUUGUGUACAGCAAUAGUAACUGCUAAGAUUGUGAUAUAGUUCAACGCUGGAUAAAGGAAGUUGUUUAUUGUCACAAGUGUUGUUGGAAACGCUGAGAUGUGUGGAAGACUGUGCAGGUUUGUUGUGGAUGUGUCUGCCUGCCAAGGUGUUAAUAGAUGUGAGAUUCUUGUGACUGGUCCGUUGUUGAGAAAGACGUGUGGUGUUAAAGGCAGAUUCAUUGCCUUGUUACAAACUAAGGCCACACCAAUUUAAUUUGUUGUUUCUCAUAUUUUUUCAGAAAAAAUCAGGAGUGAC